CCCACUGUGUCUAGGCUCGGCCGCCUCCCGGAGCCGAAGUAGGAAGCCGCAGUAGAGGGAGCGUGUAGAGGGGCUUCGAGAAGGAAACGGCGGCAGCGCCCCCACCGGGCCGUCCAAGCCAGGAGCGCGGGUACCAGCGAAGCGUUGGGCUCAGGGGAACGCGCCGGCUGGGCCCUCCGCGGCCGGAGCCCCUCCACCCAUUUGGUCUGGGAACCCACCAGAAGGCGAUCCACCGUUCUACCUCUCGUGGCCACCAUGCUGUCCAUCCGCCUCUUCAGACCCCUGUCACAGCUGCCAGGGAGAACCCUGAGUUGCUAUGACAGAGAAAAUGGAACAAGGCGCUCACUGCUGUUUUACUCCGCCUCCCUGGUCCCUAGCAGCCGUCGUGCUUAUUCCGAUGAGGUGAAGCCGGUUGGCAGCAAAGCCGUCCUGGUCACAGGCUGUGACUCGGGAUUUGGGUUCUCCUUGGCCAAGCAUCUGCAUUCAAAAGGCUUCCUUGUGUUUGCUGGCUGCUUGAUGAAGGACAAAGGAGACGGUGGGGUCAAGGAGCUGGAUAGCUUGAAGAGUGAUCGACUAAGAACUGUCCAGCUCAAUGUCUGCAAGAACGAGGAGGUGGAGAAAGUGGUGGAGAUCGUCCGCUCGAGCCUGGAGGACCCUGAGAAAGGCCUGUGGGGCCUCGUUAACAAUGCGGGCGUCUCGACUUUCGGAGAAGUGGAGUUCACCAGUAUGGAGACCUACAAGGAAGUGGCAGAAGUGAACCUCUGGGGCACCGUGCGGAUGACAAAAUCCUUUCUCCCCCUCAUCCGAAGGGCCAAAGGCCGCGUCGUCAACAUCAGCAGCAUGCUGGGCCGCAUGGCCAACCUGGCCCGCUCGCCUUACUGCAUCACCAAGUUCGGGGUGGAGGCCUUCUCCGACUGCCUGCGCUACGAGAUGCACCCGCUGGGUGUGAAGGUCAGCGUGGUGGAACCUGGCAACUUCGUCGCCGCCACCAGCCUCUACAGCCCCGAGCGUAUCCAGGCCAUUGCCAAUAAGAUGUGGGACGAGCUGCCCGAGGUGGUGCGCCGGGACUACGGCAGGAAGUACUUUGACGAGAAGAUCGCCAAGAUGGAGACCUACUGCAACAGCGGCUCCACAGACACGUCCCCUGUCAUCAAUGCUGUCACCCACGCCCUGACCUCCGCCAGCCCCUACACUCGCUACCACCCCAUGGACUACUACUGGUGGCUUCGAAUGCAGGUCAUGACCCACUUGCCCGCAGCGGUGUCCGACUGGAUCUACAUACACUGAAGAGUUUCCUACCGGCCUCUGCUUGGGGGACUCUGCUGGGAGGGAGGGAGGAGGGCUGGAGGGUGGGAGGGAGGGUCUAGUGUCGCCCCUCUUGGUGGCCUGCCUGUGCACUCUCCACAGUCCCAGGAGGACCUACUGCCAGUUGUAGCAUUAACCAGAAGGGCUAGCUCAGCCCUACCUGGGGGCACCGUGAGUGGUGUGGGCUUCUCAGUGGGGGUGUGGAGUGGCGGGUGGGGUCCUUGCACCUUGAAACAUGGUACGUCCAUCUUUCUGAAGCUGAUUUCAUACAAAGACUUUGGGAAGACACGUUUAUAUUCAACACGGAUUUAUUAUAAAAUACAAUACAGAUCCUUUACAUUUUA